AUUUGACACAUACAAAUGCCAAAUGUCAUACAAUCUGCUGAAACGCCAUUUUCUUUCGGAUUUUUAACAAUUUUAAUGCUUUCUUGUGAAGUGCUUUUUAGUUUUUCAUCAUGAGCGAGCAACCGCAAAGGUCGCGGUGUUUUUUCGACGUUUCUAUCGGCGGUUUAAGUAGCGGCAGAGUCGUAUUUGAACUAUUUACCGAUAUCGUACCAAAAACUUGCGAAAAUUUUAGAUCUUUAUGCACUGGGGAAAAAGGUUUAGGCAAAGAGACCAACAAGUCCCUUCAUUAUAAGGAUGUAGUGUUUCACAGAGUUGUAAAAGAUUUUAUAAUACAAGGAGGUGAUUUUUCCAAUGGUAAUGGUACAGGAGGCGAGAGUAUCUAUGGAGGAACGUUUGAAGAUGAAAACUUCGAUUUUAAACAUGAUCAGCCUUUAUUGCUUUCGAUGGCAAAUAAAGGCAAAGAUACUAACGGUUCCCAGUUUUUCAUUACAACGCAACCGGCUCCACACCUCGACAAUGUUCAUGUGGUUUUUGGGAGAGUUAUUGGUGGUGCCGAUGUAGUUCGUCAAAUCGAAAACUUACCAGUGGAUUCCAAUAGUAGACCUUUACAAGAUGCAAAGAUUCUGAAAUGUGGAGAGCUUGUAAGACAAGUUAAAGCUAAGAAGAAGAAGAAAUCAUCUAGCAAGGAAGAAGGCGACAAUUCUGAAGAUUCAGGGGUGUCGAAUGAUGAAGCCGACGAUGACAAGAAGAAAAAGAAGAAGCAUAAGAAGGAUAAAAAAGAAAAGAAAACUAAGAAACAUAAAGAGAAAGAAGAAGGUGAACAUUCAGACAAAGAGGAGGAAGAAGGUGAGGUUAAAGAACCUCAUUGGUUAGUUACACUGUCUGAUAUUAAACCAGAAGAUAUACCUGAAGUUCCAUCGAAUAAGUUUUUAAUGAGAGGUGCGCCAGAUAAAGACAAGGAGAACAAAAGUUCUGAUAAGAAAAGAAGUGAUAGAGAUCGUGACAGAAACGACAAUAAUAACAGAUUUCGAAGAGAUAGGCCCAGUUUUAACACUUACGGCAACCGAAGAAUUAGGCGGCCUAUUACAACUAAGAGCGGACGUGUUAUCAAAGGCAGAGGGAAGUUUAGGUUUAGAACACCGUCUAGAAGCAGAUCCAGAAGUGUCACUCCGAUUCAUUGGAAGAAGGAGGAGAAUAGAGUGAUCAAAUUGUCAGAUUUCGAGAAAAUCGAAGCUGAAAGGAGGCAAAGGGAGGAAAGAAAAACAAUGCAUUCAGAGGUCCACAAAAGAUAUCGUCAACUUUCCUCUGGAACCCCUCCCACUUCGCCUCCAAGAAGAUCACAGAAAGCCGUGGAUUACAACGCUCUGGAUUACGAAGAAAACCAGUCUGACGACGAACAACUACCCAAGAAGCAAGUACCGAGUUUGGUACAGUAUCCACUUCCUGGAGCAUACAAAGAGUUUAAAGGCCCGGAUCUGCCCGAACCUGUAGAUGAGAGAAACAAAGAGGAAGAAUCGCAAGUAGUUAAUGAAAGGUCCGAUAUAUUAGCGUUGGCUCUUGGCGUGCAGAUUAAGGUAGGAGAGGAUCCACCAAAUGGAGAAAUUGUGUUUAGUGGUUAUGCUAAGAAACAGCAGCAGCAACAGCAAAUGGCGGAAAUGUUGGCCAAAGAGGCCAAUGGUCGACGGUUCAGAAUGGGCCAGCCAGAAGGUCAGAAACAUGAAGUACAUAGAAACAGGUCUGGCGAUUUUAGAGACAGACGCGGCAGAAACAAGUUUGAAGUGGAGAAGCCACAAAACAGAGAUGGACGCGAUUUUCAAAACUUCAGGAACGCGCAAAGAAUGAACGAUCGCAAUAACAGAAGACCUGAUCGCAAUGACAGACGUCCUGUUGAAAAUACAACGCGCAGUCGUAUUCAGGUAGUGAAAAAGGAAAACAGAGACGAUCAAAGCAGCAGGCGGAGGGACGACAGAAGACGUAGAUCGGAAUCUAGAGGCAGGGAGAGGAAAACAAGUACCAACGAGCAAAGAAGUGAAGAAAGACGCAGAAGGAAAUCCAGGUCCCGUUCUAGAGGGAAAACGCCAAAAAGCAGCGAAAAAAGUCCUAAAAAGAGAGAUCGGGGCGAACACGACGCUGAAGCUAAGUAUAAAAAACUUCUGAUCCUGAGAAAGAAAAUGGAAUUGCUGGAGCUCAAGAAGAAAAAAGAAGAAGAACAAAAAUUUUUGGAAGAGAAGCAACGUAAGUUGAAAGAAGAACAGGAAAUGUUGGAAAGAGCAAAGAAGGCAAAAAGAGAAGCAAUAGAAAAAGAGAAACUAAUGAAAACGAUGAAAGUGUUGCAAGAGUUGGAUCAGAAAGGUCCAACCAAGAAAAAGAAGAGGAGUUCUAGUUCUUCCUCGUCAUCAAGCGACAGCGACCAUCGCCCCAGAAACAGAAAUGACAGGCGUAAGAGAGGUAGAUCAAGGUCAAGGUCUAAAGGACGUGCCAGGCGUCGAAGCAGCAGUACUAGCAGUAGCUCCAGUUCAGACUCUUCAAGAGAUCGCAAAAAUUCGCGAAAAAGACGACACUAAAACUUUUUUUUUGUUUUAAUAAAUACGAUUAUUUAAUGAAAUAUUUAGUGUCCUACCAAUUGACCAGUUCAAAGUUUUUUAGUUGCUUUGCUUUAAAAAACGAUUGAUCUUUGAUUAUAUUUGAAAAAAUGUAUAAAGAUACAUUAAUAAAUGGUACUAUAUUUUAAAUUAAUUGAAAUACAUUUGCUGUAAAUCAUAUAAAUAUGCAUUAUUUCAUUUGUAUCAUUGUUUGUUGGGUGUAUUAAUUUAUAUCAUUAUUUUGUGUAAAUUAUUUUAUUGAUUCUGGAGACAACAGAUGACACUUUUUGUCUAGGAUAUCUUUAGAUACAGUUAAAUAGUUAUUGACUAUGGGAUUAUAAUAUGCAUAGAGUUAUCACAAAAAUAAAGAUACUUUGAUGAUAA